AUGCAGAAUGACAUUGCCAGGCAAACAAUAGCAGCUGCUGAGCAUAAAGGACCAGAAACUGCUUUUAAACACCAGAUUCAGAACCUAGUUUGGAACAUUACCAAGGGGUUUCCACUCCUGGAAAAAGUCAUCAAGGGCAAUGUCUUGAUUGGUGAUUCGUUGAGAAGGGCACAACUCACCGUUGUUGUUGCUAUUCUUGGGCAGGUGAUCUGGAAGCUUAUAUUAAAGAAAACUGAACAAACUGACAGGAGCUAUAAAACAGGCCGGAGCACCCAGAUCUCGGCGCACUGCGGCUGGGGCUGUUGGGACGUUCCUUUAUUAAUUUAUUUGUGGAGAGCUAUCUCUGAGCAUCCGCGGUGGCCAGCACCAGGAGCAUUGAGCUGGAGCAAUUUGGAAGAACGGGACAGAAGGCCACGGCCAGGGUCGCGGAGAGGUGCUCCCAGCUCCUCCGGGGCCAGCAGCAUCUCUAGCCCCAAGGGCAAUGGGCUCUUCCUCAGCCUGGUGCACAUUGCUCACUGCAACUUCUACUGCACCUCGGAUUUGCAGGACUUAAACUCAGAGAAGAAGGCCAAGAAGGCAUGCUUCUACCGGAAUGGGGACCGUUACUUCAGAGGCCUGGUCUUUGCCAUCUCCAAUGAUCGCUUUCAUUCCUUUGAUGUGCUCCUCAUAGAGCUGACCUGCUUCCUGUCUGACAAUGUGAACCUGCCUCAGGGCGUCCGCACAAUCUACACCAUAGAUGGCAGUCGGAAGGUCACCAGCUUGGACAAGCUGCUGGAAGGUCUGAGCACUUGGGAACAAACAAGCAUCCACCCAUCCAAUCCUUACAGAAGGCCCCUGACUGGACUCAAGAUGCCCCCGCACCCCGAGAUCCCUCGCUGGAGACUGCAGGAAGAUUCCCAGAGCGCCACAGUGUCCACAGACUCUGCCCAGAAGGCGACCAGGACUCCACAGGUUGCCUGGGCCAUGCCCAGAGAGGCUUUAGGCCCUUGACUGGACUCAGGAUGCCCCCGGACCCCGGGAUGCCGCGCUGGAGGCUGCAGGAAGAUUCCCAGAGGGCCACAUAGGGCACAGAGGGCCACAGUGCGCCCCAGUGUCCACAGAUUCUGCCCAGACAGCGACCAGGACUCCACCGGGGCCUGGGCCAUGCCCAGAGAGGCUUCAGGCCCCUGACUGGACUCAAGAUGCCCCCGCACCCCGAGAUCCCUCGCUGGAGACUGCAGUAAGAUUCCCAGAGGGCCACAGUGUCCACAGACUCUGCCCAGAAGGCGACGAGGACUCCACCGGGGGCCUGG